GCUGCUCGCUCCUCCCUGUCUGUCAAAAAAAAGCGAGGCCCGGCAUCUCGCAUUCGCUCUAGCUGAGAAUCUAUGUAGUAUCACAUCAUUCAAGUGACAAAUCCGGGUUGGAUCUCCAGGUUCCCCGCUUAGCAGGCACGUAUUACAACCCACUUGAAUUUUAAUAUUAUGGUAACCGAACCACAUAUUGACAUCCACUAUAAUGGACUCCCUCUACUACACCACCCUCUUAGGCCUCUUCGCUACCUACUGUGGAUAUAGGUAUCUUUAUGCCUGCCAUAUCAGAUCCAAGCUCGACCACAUCCCAACCGUAGGCUCCAGCGGUAUAUUCUCCUCUUACAGUACAGCUUGGAGAUUUUUCAAAGAUGGACACACGGUCAUUGAAGAAGGCUGCAAGAAGUAUGGUAGCGCAUUCAAAAUUCCUACCUUGGACGGAUGGCAGGUCAUUUUGAACGGUCCCAAGAUGCUGGAGGACAUGAAGAAGGCACCAGAGAAUGAACUCAGCGUCUUAAAAGCUUUCGUUGACAUUAUAAAAGCCGAUUAUACGCUUAGUCCAGAAUCCAUGAUAAACCCCUACCAUAUUGAGGUCGUUCGCACACCUCUCACUCGUAACAUCGGUGCACGGUUUGCGGAUGUUAGAGACGAAAUCGUAGCCGCAAUCGACGAUAAUUUCCCGAGCGAAUACGAUUGGGUCGAGAUGUCAGUGAUCAAACCCAUCCAGAACGUCGUUGUUCGAGCUUCAAACCGCUUACUCGUCGACUUACCUCUUUGCCGUGACAAAGACUACUGCGAGCUCAACAUCCAGUUCACGAUUGAUGUUAUAACAGACGCUAUCAAGAUAGGGCUGUUUCCGAGGUUUAUGCAUCCUGUUGUAGGACCCCUGAUCUCAAAGGGGAAAGUCAACGUCAAGAGAGCCAUGAAACAUCUCACACCUCUUAUCCAAGAGCGCCUCGAAUUGUUGUCUGAACACGGUUCAGAAUGGGAGGAUAAACCCAAUGAUUAUAUCACCUGGUUAAUUGAAACAAGUGAACAACUAGGUGCUGAUUGGCAACGCGGCUCUAUUAAGGACUUCGCUGUCCGUGUCCUCGGUGUUAAUUUUGCAGCGAUUCAUACGACUUCUACGGCUGUAACGCAUGCUUUGUAUCAUUUGGCUGCGCAUCCCGAGAUUAUUCCGAAGCUCAGAGAAGAGGUCGAGGAAGUGACGGCCAGGGAGGGGUGGACGAAAGUCGCAAUGGUACAACUGAAGAUCAUGGAUAGCUUUAUAAAGGAGACACAGAGGGUUAGCGGGGGUGGUGCUACCAUCAUGUUAAGAAUAGCAACCAAAGAUUUCACCUUCUCUGAUGGAACUUUCAUACCAGCUGGAACUUCAGUCACACUUGCUUCACACGUUGUUCAUCAAUCAGAGAGACCUUUAACCCCACAAGGUUCUCUGACAUGAGAGAGAGAGAAGGUGAAAGUGUUAGGCAUCAAAUGGUGACCCCGACGCCGGACUGGCUUAUCUUUAGUGCUGGAAAACACGCUUGCCCCGGUCGCUUCUUUGCUGUGAACCAGAUCAAAGUGAUCCUCGCACACCUCGUAAUGACAUACGAUAUUAAAUUUCCUGACCAUUCUCCCGGAUUUCCAGAGUCCCCGACUUUUGCAGGGAUAUCGACGCCGAAUCCGAACGCAAAAGUCUUGUUUAGGAAGAGGAAACUCUGAGGCUAUGAGCUGGUGAAAGCUGGAGGCCGGAGGAUCUACCGAUCCAUGAAUGAUACGCUUGGACAAAUGGACUAGGCCACACUGAAGGACGAACAAGACUUUUGGAAUGUCAUAUUCCGGUUGUCUGAACUAGCUACUUAAGUACGUGUCCAUAUCCAAAUGAGAACAUGUAAAUACACGAUAUCAUGACUUGGCGG